AUGUUGGAUUCCAAGGAUUCUAAUGUGAAAAUGACAUCUAGUCAUAGGAUUUCUUUUUCUAUAAUUGAUAUAUUGGACCCAAAUAAAUUUAAUAGCAAGAAGAUAAUCGAACUUUCUCCAACAAAGGACAAGUUUCCUUUGCUGAACGCAGGAGUGGCAAGUUUAGAAGCGGACACUGGCGCAGAUGGAGAGCAGCCACUUGAGCACAUGGAAGCAGGUAAUGAUAUCACAAAACUACAGACAAUAAUGCGUUUUUGAUAUGGCUAUAUCUUCUGUUCUUUUUUGUUUUAAGGGAACAUAGUGGAUCAAUAAACGAAUGAAGCCAAUGUAGUGUUUUAUUAAUUCAGUUCAGCAUAAUGUGUUUAGCAUUAUCAAAUUAAUUAUGUCCAUAUAAUUUAUUUUGAACAUAAGGGAUCAAAUAAAAUACAUAAUAUGUCCAUAGUGUAUACGAUGUAGGUCUAAUAGCCAAUAUAAGAAACCCCUAUAGAUUCUUGGUUCACUGACCAACUAAGAGUGGCUAUUAUAUCAGAUAAAAUGUUGUCAUCUCUAUAUGACCUUCCCUUAAUUUCCAAGGCUAGGUUUCCUUUUAAGAAACCCACAAAGGGUUGCUCCCACAGCCCGGGUGUGUGAUUGGCAUUGGGACAGACUUGCCAGAUAAUUGUUUAAAUCGUCCCAUUUAGGAUGCCUUCGCUCGCUUUGAUCGAUAUCCCAUUACUGCAUCCUGCAUAUCUCCCUCCAGCACCUUGCAGGUACAAACUCUAAACCCCAUCCAUGUCUGAUCCUAAAUAUCGUUCGAUUAAAACUUCCCUUUAAAUAGAUGACAUUUAUCGAUCCACCCACAAAUAUGAAACUCCAUUAGCACGUCAUGGGUAGAUGGUGGAGCAGGAUUUAGCUGUGAUUUCUCUCCGCAACAUGACAUUUGAGGCGAUUUGUGAUUUAUAAAUGAUUUAGGGAUUAGAGGCCAAGCCACCCUAGUCCGCUUCUUAACCCUCGCUUCGUUCCACACGCACAACUCCCUGAUUUCAAUCAAACACAUUUUACAGUUACGCUAUUAGAUAGACCUAUUUUCGGUGCGGUCUUAUUUCCCUGUGUAUGAGAUCAAAAACAUGAGCAUUUUCAGGGAAUUGGAUUUUCUCUUGAAAAUCCCAUUUACAGUACUAAUGUUCAUGUCUGUGUUCACAGGCGAAGACACUGACCACUCAAGUAGCACAGAUCUCAAACACAAGGUAGCUGUCGACAACCCACUUUUAUUACGCUCAACGACUGAGCCAGAGGAGCAAGAAGAGGGGGACGUGGACAGCAUCAGCAGCAGCGCCGAAACUUCAGCAACACAUGACCUCUCGCCCCACAAACGGCUGCGCUCGGAUCACAGUUGUGCCAAGCCGCGACGCGCCAGAACUGCCUUCACCUACGAACAACUGGUGGCUCUGGAGAACAAAUUCCGCUCUACGAGAUACCUGUCCGUGUGUGAGAGACUCAACCUGGCUCUGUCCCUCAGCCUCACUGAGACCCAGGUCAAGAUCUGGUUCCAGAACAGAAGAACCAAGUGGAAAAAACAGAACCCGGGCGCAGACAGCACGAUGCCACCCGGGUCCAACUCUUUGGUCAGUGUCAACCCAAGCCCUGUGACUUGUGUGUCGAGUUCAGCCAAUUACCAAACUUUCCCAUCCUUCAGCUCUGUGAAUAUGAUAUUCCAUACUGAUGGUGCGGUUCCUCUGUCGUCCACUGGAGGGAUGUUACAUCCCUUUUUACCCAAUGGUUAUCAUCUCCAGCCGUCCUACUUUACCCCACAUUUAUGA